UCUGCCUAUGUGUCCAGACCCAGCGGCCUGGGCUGGGCUGCCCAGUGCUGAAGAGGGGCCAUUCUGAGGGCAAUGUCUGGGACCCUAGUCUGUGGUCCUUUCUAAGGCAGUGAGGGACACAUGAUCCAUCCUCCUAGUGGCAGUGGGCAGGUUGGGGACCCUACCGCAGAUAGGAAGGAAUAGCGAGGGGUCUGCUUCCCUCAGCCAUGCUAAAAAAUAGUGAGAGGAGGCGGUCUUGGAGCUACAGGCCCUGGAAUACGACCGAGUGUGAGGAUGCUCUCCAUCCAGGGGACAGCCAUCACCGCGGGAGCAUCUGCUCCUUGGUGGCCCGUUCCGCCUCCCAGGCCAGCAUCCCACCAUGGACCCAGGGCAACUAUAACUACUACAUCGAGGAGGAUGAGGAUGGGGAGGAGGAGGAGCAGUGGAAGGUCGACUCGGCCGAGGAGCAGCAGCAGACGGAGGAGGCCACCACCGCCCAGGGGGAAGGCCCCACUGAGCAUUCCACGCUGAACGUGAACGUGGGCGGCCAGAGCUACCGCCUGGACUACACAGACCUGGCCUGCUACCCCAAGACGCGUCUGGGCCGCCUGGUCACCUCCACCAACCGCAGCCGCCAGCUGGGCCUGUGCGACGACUAUGAGGCACAGACAGACGAAUACUUCUUCGAUCGUGACCCGGCCGUCUUCCAGCUCGUCUACAACUUCUACAUGUCCGGGCUGCUGCUGGUCCGCGACGAGCUGUGCCCGCGCAGCUUCCUGGAGGAGCUGGGCUACUGGGGCGUGCGGCUCAAGUACACGCCGCGCUGCUGCCGCAUCUGCUUCGAGGAGCGAAGGGACGAGCUGUGCGAGCAGCUCAAGAUCCAGCGCGAGCUGCGCGCCCAGGCGCAGGCCGAGGAGGCCGAGGAGCUCUUCCGCGACAUGCGCUUCUACGGGGCGCAGCGGCGCCGCCUCUGGAACCUCAUGGAGAAGCCCUUCUCGUCCGUGGCCGCCAAGGCCAUCGGGGUGGCCUCCAGCCUCUUCGUGCUCGUCUCCAUCGUGGCGCUGGCGCUCAACACGGUGGAGGAGAUGCACCAGCAGGUGCAGCAGGGCGGCCGGUGGCGGGCCCUGGAGCACGUGGAGAUGCUGUGCAUCGCCUUCUUCACGCUCGAGUUCCUGCUGCGCCUCGUCUCCACGCCCGACCUGCGGAGCUUCGCGCGCAGCGCCCUCAACCUGGUGGACCUGGUGGCCAUCCUGCCGCUCUACCUGCAGCUGCUGCUCGAGUGCUUCACGGAGGAGGACCAGCGGCACGGCAAGGGCACCCCGCGCGAGCACGACCUCGAAACUGUGGGCAAAGUGGGCCAGGUGCUGCGUAUCAUGCGCCUCAUGCGCAUCUUCCGCAUCCUCAAGCUGGCGCGACACUCCACGGGCCUGCGCGCCUUUGGCUUCACGCUGCGCCAGUGCUACCAGCAGGUGGGUUGCCUGCUGCUGUUUAUCACCAUGGGUAUCUUCUCCUUUUCUGCUGCCGUCUACUCCGUGGAGCACGAUAUGCCCGACACCAACUUCACCAGCAUCCCCCACUCCUGGUGGUGGGCCGCGGUGAGCAUCUCCACUGUGGGCUACGGAGACAUGUACCCGGAGACCCACCUGGGCAGGCUCUUUGCCUUCCUCUGCAUCGCUUUCGGGAUUAUCCUCAACGGGAUGCCAAUCUCCAUCCUCUACAACAAGUUCUCCGACUACUACAGCAAGCUCAAGGCUUACGAGUACACAGCCAUCCGGAGGGAAAGGGGCAAGGUGGACUUCAUGAGGCGGGCUGGAAAGAAGAUGGCUGGGUGUCUGGCUAAAAGCAUCCCACAGCCUGCCCCAAAGCCAGAGGACAACACCCUGUAGGUCGUGUGGCUGGUAGAUCCCGGGACCUCCAAGGCUUGCUCCCUUCUUCCUUUCCAUCAGCAGGAUGGCCAGCGAGAGGCCAGGUGAGGCAGACACAAAGGGCGUUCGGCUCAGAGUCCUGCCUCACUAAUGUUCCUUUCGACCCAAACGCAGACGGCUCCCACGUGCUGUGAGUCUGACCUUCCAAUGACAUUGAUGCUGGAAACUCCUGGAGAGGAGCGACAUCGUAGCUUUCUCUUGCAGCUUCUCGUGGCUUCUCAAUAAAUAUUUUUGGACUCCAGUGGCCUGGAGAAGAAUUUCCUUCCUUUGAAGAAGAGGAACCAUUAUCUCCCAGAGAGGGAGUGCCGUGGCCGGACCUCCAUGCGCCUUGGCGUUAGACUGACCGCAGCCAGAAGCCAGGUCUACCAGCUGUAGGGUUUGGGACACGUAUUUUAACUGUCUGAGCCUCUGUUUCUUCCACUAUAAAAUGUAGGUAGUAAGAAACGACCCUGUAAUAUGAGCAUGGGGAGUGAAGAUAAAUAAAGGGCAGCAGUUAAACCUGCCUGAGUUAGAGACCUGUCCAGUGGACUCUCCAGACUGAUGGUUCUCAGUCCAGGGGAUUUGAUCAUUGCCCACCCCACCCCCCUGGAAAUUUGGCUUUUGACUGUCACCUUUGUGAGGGAGGAUGGGGGGCUACGGCACCCAGUAGGCAGACCUGGGGUGCUGCUGGAUGUGCGCCGGGCAGCCCCUCAGCAAAGAACAAUCUGGCCCAGAAGAACAUCGGGCCAACGCCAAGAAAAGUCCCUGACUCGACCUGUGCAACAUGCGAAAGUGUGCUGAUCCCGUCUCCUUGCCAGGAGUCCACACAUGUCCCCACCUCCCCAGGCCUCCUGCCCUUCCCCUUUCCUUGAAAAACAAAACAACAAAACAAACUCUGCCUUUUGGGGACAGUUCUGGGCAGAGCACUGAACGAAGUAAAUAAAAUCGAUGUGGCCCUGCACACUGGGCUCUGUCUGUGGGUCAGAAGACCACUUCCCACAGGGUGUUGGUUCUUUCUCUUCCUACCACUUUUCCUCCUAAUUUCUUCCUUUUUCCAAAGGACUAUUGCAAUUUGAAGUCCUGAAAAGUGAAGGCUCGUUUGUACUGAGCAAAUAGAGAUUGCUCAGUAUAUAAUAUAUAUUAUUAUAUAUAUAAUAUAUAACUUUGUUUCAUCCUUGAUAUAUCCCUAAAUUAGGUACUACCUUCCUUUUUAACUUAGGAAGAAUCACUUUUUUAUUAGGAAGAAACAGAAACUCAGAGAGGUCAGGCACCUCAGCCAAGUUGGCACAGUCAGCACAAUCAGCGCCGGUCUGUCUGAUCCCUGAGGCCCUCACACAAGUCGAAACUUGUGGUUCUCAAACUGCACCAGCAUUACCCAGAGGGCUUGUUAAACACAGAUUACCGGACCUACCCCAGAGCUUCAAUUCCAUAGACCUGGGUGAUACUCGAGGAUUUGUAUUUCUACGAAGUGCCAGGUGAUGCUGAUGCUGCUGGUCCAGGCAGCACAUCCUGAGAACUAGGGGUCUAAAUCACUUCCCUCUGAACAUGAAACUAGGGUGCAGCUGGAAAUACCUGGACCCAGCUCUCCUCCCCCUUACUCCCAAGUGCCCUUAACAUCAUCAUAACUGACCUGCCCUCUGGGGUGGACAGAAGCCCCACUAUGUACUCGGAGGUUGCUAAGAUAAAAUCUGAAUGCUUGAGUACAUUUGAAUUCCAGAUACAUAACUGAGUUUUAGAAGUGUGUCCCAAUUUUUGCCUAGUCUAUACUUCCACUGCAAAGUAUCUGCUGUCUGUCUGCAGCUCGAAUUUAACUGGGCAUCCUCUUUCUGCCAGAUCUGCAAACCCUCUGCUGGUGCUUCUGAGACACAAAGGUUCCUCACAGAGAAGAACCUUACCCCUAAAUCCUAGAACCCCACCUGCAUAGCAGGACCCUCCACCUAGGGGACUUCUCUCCCUCUUGCCAAGUAAGAGGGAGGAAUUUUGCAUCCGCUUCUGACCAGGAAGAACCAUGGAAACAGUUACACAGGCAGGAGACCAGAGCACACCUCAGAGCACCGCCGGCCACGCUCAGGGCAGCCGCUGCCCCUCCCAGCCCACCCCCCACCCUUCAGCUCCUUCUGAGGUCUCCAGGGGAGGGGCUUGCUGAUGAACGGCAUCUGCUGGGGCUGUUGAGGGCACAGGGAACAGGAAGGGCCAGUGUCCACCACCCCUCCUCCCACUCAAGGGCCAGACAGAAUGACCCGGAGGAGCCCAGCAGGAGAGACUCCCUGA